AUGCAAAACGGUAACUCCACCGAAGAAGUCCAAAAUAACUCUGAUGUUAUCUCAGUUGACGAAAACUGGAAGUGGAAAUACUUUGAUGAAUGGUACGAUCAUAGAAAAGGGAGAAUGAUACGUGAAAAGAAAGAAGAUAAAAAAAACCCGGACGUUCCAUUUAAUACGGUCCUCCUUAACAAUAAAGAAAUUUUUAACAAAGAACCUAGGAUUGAUGCUCGGAAUUUGUAUCACGUACUAGAUGAGCUGCACGAAGCUGCUGAUAAUGAAUAUUUCGAUGGGGAAGUGGACUUCUCAUAUUUACCUGUUGUCCUACGCGAGUAUGAUGAUAAUGAUAAUCAAAUGCUAAAGGAUGAAAUAUCUAGACAAGGACAAAUGUUUGUGGAAAUUUCCAGAAGACAAAACUGUUUUAUGAAUUAUAAUGGUUCGUUAUUACGCUGGAAGGAAGUAAAUGGUUGUAUGAAAGUAGAAAAGACAAUGGCCAAUGGUCGUGUCAUUAUUGAUCUCCAAAGCUUUGCAACUAUGAAUCCAGGCUAUGGAAUGGGAAAUGCCAGACCACCAAAUAGGUGUGACAUUGAACUUCUUACCAGAAAAGGUGAUUAUAUCAAGUUAGAUCAAAUAGAUGAAGAUUUCUAUCUUCUUACACCUGCGGUAGUAUACGGGUUUAGUUUCGCGCUGAAAGAAUGGGGUCAGUUAGAAGUUUUGGGUCUUUCAAGAAUUAAUUUUGAUGAAAAUGCUUUUGAUCAAUUGGAGAUGUCCAAAGAUAAAAAAGAUAUAAUUAAAGGACUGGUAAUGCAGUAUGGUGAAUCUGGCCAUAUGAAAAUAAAACCACUUGAUCCCAUUUCCAAUAAAGGUAAAGGCUGUAUUUUUUUAUGUUAUGGACCACCUGGUACCGGGAAAACAUUGACUGCUGAAAGCGUUGCCGAAUUUCUCAAAAGGCCAUUAUGGACACUUAGCGUAAACGAGCUUGGAACAAAUCCUGAAAUCGUUUUAGAAGUCGCCAUUAAGUGGAAUGCUAUUCUUCUUCUCGAUGAAGCUGACAUUUAUCUCGAAAAACGUGAUGUUGCCGACCUAACACGUAACACAUUAGUUGGCAUAUUUUUGCGGCUACUAGAAUAUUAUCAAGGUAUGAAAAAUUUUCCUUAUUACUCGAAUGCUGAUCUAUCCUUGGAAGCUGAUGAUUUUAGCAAAUAUGAAUUGAACGGUCGUGAUAUUCGUAAUGUCCUUCACACAGCACGAACGUUGGCUCAGAGUAGAGAAGAAUCCCUGACCGCAAACCAUGUGAUCAAUGUAAUUGAAACCAUUCAAAAAUCUCGGAAUGAGAUGGAAGAUAUAAAAAAGACAAUUGCAGAGAAUGAAACAGAGGGUUGUGAAGGUUGA